UAAAUUAGGUCCAGCGACCACAGGCAUAACGUAUGUUAAUAUUUAUAGUUUCUCCGUAUUUUCGCGGGUUCCGCCCGGAUUGUUUUUGUAGCUGCACGCGUCCAUGUCCCGCCGUUAUAUUGAACUGCGAACAUGUCGAACAACACUGUAAUGUCAGGUAAUCACACCGAUCAACAAAUGUCUGCUCUAGAGGAAACGAGGACGAGUCUUUGCGAUCAGUUUGCCUCCAUCUCUGGGUCGGAUAGCGCUGUGGCGCAGUGUUAUCUAGCAGAAAAUGAGUGGGAUAUGGAGAGAGCAUUGAACUCUUUCUUCGAGGCUCAUAUGGAUUCAGUCUUUGAUGCUGAAGAUGCAGAGGAAACUAAAGUUGUGUCUGGGAAUAAGAGAAAGGAGGUGAAUUCUUCUGACAGUGCUGAUGCUUCAGGAACAAAGAAGAAAUUUAAGACAGGCCAGAUGGAUUGCAUUGACCUAACAGCAGAGGAACCCACCUGCUCCAGCAGUGUGAACCCCCAAGAAAGUCCGGCUGAAAGUGUUGUAACUGAAUCUAAUGCGGAGGACAGCAAGCUGUCCGUCAUCAGCUGGAACGUGGAUGGUUUGGACACAUUAAGUCUUGCAGAGCGUGCCAGGGGCUUGUGUUCGUAUCUAGCUCUAUAUACACCAGAUGUGGUUUUUCUUCAAGAACUGAUUCCGUCUUAUAUUCAGUAUCUUAAGAAGCGUGCCGUCAGCUACCUGUUUGUUGAAGGAAGCGACGAGGGAUACUUCACGGGAAUAAUGUUGAAGAAAUCAAGAGUAAAACUUCUGGAAAGUGAGAUCAUCUGUUAUCCUACAACACAAAUGUUGAGAAAUCUAUUAGUUGCUCAGGUGACUUUCUCAGGUCAGAAGCUACACUUGAUGACAUCACAUUUAGAAAGCUGUAAGAACCAAUCAGAGGAGAGAAUGAAACAACUGCGGGUCGUAUUUCAAAAGCUGAAGGAAGCACCAGAAGACGCUACUGUAAUUUUUGCCGGGGACACCAAUCUCAGAGACUCUGAGGUGGUAAAGGUGGGAGGUUUGCCUCCAGGUGUGUGUGAUGUUUGGGAACAGCUGGGCAAACAGGAACACUGCCGAUACACCUGGGACACCAAAGCAAACAGCAAUAAGACUUUGCCUUACGUCAGCAGAUGUCGCUUCGACCGCGUCUUCCUUAGGUCUGCUAAAACCGGCCCAAGAGUCACUCCUGACCACAUGGCCUUGGUCGGAAUGGAGAAACUGGACUGUGGCCGUUACACCAGUGAUCACUGGGGAAUUUACUGCACUUUCAAAACAUGAUUAUUAAAUCCCCAAGGAUUAAAUGUCUGUUUUAUAGAAGAUGGUUUUAAAGAGUGUUUGUACUAAAAUAAAGAAUGUGAAGAGUGCCUACAAAUACAGAUCAGUGUACGAAACAAACACAUACAGAUAAUAAUAGGAUGCAUAGCUUGAUAUAAAAUACUACAGAAAGAGAUUUUAUUGAAGGGUUUGAUUAGAAUGGAUUACUUAUUGUUGUUGCAGUUUUUCCAUAUAUUAGUCACACAAAAUCUUCUACUUCAAACCAUGAUUUCAGUCAAUCUCUGUUCUCUCAUAUUAUUUCUUUUUUAAAAUGUGAAUGCCUUGACUGAAUUUAAAUAAAUGUUUAUUGUGGUAA